AUUCCAAUCUCAUCUUUAUUAGAUGCAAGUCCAGUGAAUGAAAUUACGGAUAAUUCCGAUUCAAUUGAUGAGAUUGGAUUGUUGCCUGACCACGUUCGUUAUGAAAUCUUAUAUUAUUUCAAUAUAAAAGAUGGCGAACCUACCCUUCGUGAUGGCUAUUCAAGAAAAAACAACGGCUAUGUUGAGAUUAACUUUCUCACUGGUGAUCAUUACGAUCCUCUGUUGGAUACUUAUGUUGCUGAGACAAGCGGUUACAACAAAAGAACGAAUGUGGGACUUUCUCGUACUCGUUUUAACAAACAUAGAAUUGGUUAUCAAUAUAAUAGGAGUGGUUUCGAUGAUAUAUCCAAAUGCAAGACGAUGGACACAGGGCCAAUUACAAUUAAAAUGGCUGAUCUUUUGCCCUCAUUAACAGAUAUGCUGGAAACCCCCUCUAAUGUAUCUAGUUCCCUGUAUCGGGAAACGCACAAGAGGAAGAGAGAAGAAGAUACUUUGGAGAAUAACUAA